AUGACACUCAAAUCGACCGAACCUUCAUCCACCGAUGCCGUACCUUCCGGUUCUACCCAAGAAUCGUCGGAAGCUUUACAUAGUUGGAACCAGUACACUUCGACUUUCCAGCUCUCCACCAUGGAACCAUUGGAGUCCAUCAGACACCUCAUCUUUCAAAUCCUCAUUGACGAGAUCCCUCUCACUCUUAUCAGAGUAUCCAAGCAUUUCUACGAAACCAUCACUCCGAAACUGUAUCAAGUCGUCGAGCUAGAUAAGAAUAAUACACAUAAGGUGUUUUGGGGGAUGUUAAUCCAAUUGAAAGAGAAGGUGGAUAAUCCCAAUUCCGGUCCGAAUCAACCCAAGACAUCUGAUGAGAGUACUGGUAAGAAGAAAGAGAAGGAGGAGAAGAAUUGGAAAAUUGGAGAAAGAAAGUUGAACCUACUGAAGAUGAUUCAAUAUAUCACCUUUGAAGAUUCUCAAAGUGUCGAUAAGUUCUUCAAGAAAGUGAAAAUCUUCGAUUCGGUCGAUCAUCUUAAUGGUUUAAAAGAAUAUCAACGAAUCUUAACUUCAGUCAAACAUGUAAGGUUUGGUAAAGAUUUAGUCGGAUCAUUAUCAACUGAUUUCACCAAACUUCGACGAUCGUUCUUUGAUCGAAUGACAUAUUAUGGACUGGUAGUUAUCUUGAAGAAAUCAUGUUUCACUGUCAAGAUUCCCAACAACCCCUUUCCAUCUGUUUAG